GGCAUUUGACGGGUAGCCGUCAGCUAGUCAGCGGUUGCAAAUGGCGACAGCCACGAAAUCUCUGGCACCGACUCGCGAAUAGUUUCACGCCUACCGAGUACUACGUGACAGAGCUGUGCGUGAACGUUACCCUAACCCAGAUUGGUGGUUUUAAAUAGAAGAAGACAAGAUGCCGGCUGUGAGAGGAGAUGGCAUGCGUGGGCUGGCUGUAUUCAUUUCUGAUAUUAGAAAUUGUAAAAGCAAAGAGGCGGAAAUAAAAAGAAUAAACAAAGAGUUGGCAAAUAUUCGUAGUAAAUUUAAAGGAGAUAAGACACUUGACGGUUAUCAAAAAAAGAAAUAUGUUUGCAAGCUCCUUUUUAUUUUCUUGCUUGGUCAUGACAUUGACUUUGGACAUAUGGAGGCUGUUAAUCUACUUUCGUCUAACAAAUAUUCAGAAAAACAAAUUGGCUACCUUUUCAUAUCAGUUUUAGUAAAUACAAACAGUGAUCUCAUUAAAUUAAUAAUUCAAAGUAUAAAGAAUGAUCUUGCAUCACGAAAUCCCAUUCAUGUAAACCUUGCAUUGCAAUGUAUUGCUAAUAUUGGUAGUAAAGAAAUGGCAGAGGCAUUUGGCAAUGAAAUACCAAAACUACUCGUUUCCGGAGAUACUAUGGAUGUUGUGAAACAAAGUGCGGCAUUGUGUUUAUUACGGUUAUUGCGUACUGCACCGGAUGUUGUUCCUGGUGGAGAAUGGACCUCGCGCAUAGUUCACCUUUUAAAUGACCAACAUCUCGGUGUUGUUACCGCAGCUGCAUCUUUAAUAGAUGCUCUUGUAAAAAGAAAUCCGGACGAAUACAAAGGAUGCGUUAGUUUGGCAGUUUCAAGAUUGAGCAGGAUCGUGACAUCGAGCUACACAGACCUACAGGAUUAUACGUAUUACUUUGUGCCAGCACCAUGGCUCUCUGUUAAACUUUUACGAUUACUACAGAAUUACACCCCACCUGCUGAAGAUCCAGGUGUAAGGGGUAGAUUAAAUGAAUGUUUAGAAACCAUAUUAAACAAAGCUCAAGAACCGCCAAAAUCAAAGAAGGUGCAGCACUCGAAUGCUAAGAACGCUGUGUUAUUCGAGGCCAUUAGUUUAAUUAUUCAUAACGACAGUGAACUGCCUUUAUCGGUUCGAGCGUGCAAUCAACUCGGUCAGUUUCUAUCCAACCGUGAAACUAAUCUUCGUUACUUAGCACUGGAAUCCAUGUGCCAUUUGGCUACAUCAGAGCUUUCACACGAAGCGGUGAAGAAACAUCAAGAAGUCGUCAUUCUUUCUAUGAAAAUGGAAAAGGACGUAUCUGUUAGACAACAGGCUGUUGAUCUUCUGUAUGCUAUGUGUGAUAAAAGCAAUGCGGAAGAAAUAGUACAAGAAAUGUUAAACUACCUCGAAACUGCUGACUAUUCUAUUAGAGAAGAAAUGGUUCUUAAAGUCGCGAUUCUAGCCGAAAAAUAUGCUACCGAUUAUACUUGGUAUGUUGACGUUAUUCUAAAUCUCAUUAGGAUAGCUGGUGAUUAUGUUUCGGAAGAAGUAUGGUACAGAGUUAUCCAGAUUGUUAUCAAUAGAGAUGACGUGCAAGGAUACGCAGCAAAGACUGUUUUCGAGGCCUUACAAGCACCAGCUUGCCACGAAAAUAUGGUUAAAGUUGGUGGUUACAUACUUGGGGAGUUUGGAAAUCUCAUUGCUGGUGAUCAGCGCUCUUCUCCAGCUGUUCAAUUUCAAUUAUUACAUUCCAAAUAUCACUUGUGUUCUCCAAUGACCCGAGCGUUGCUACUUUCAACCUAUAUCAAAUUUGUUAAUCUGUUUCCUGAAAUGAGAAGUCAAAUUCAAGAUGUUUUUAGACAACACAGUAACUUACGCAGCGCAGAUGCAGAAUUACAACAAAGAGCUUCAGAGUAUCUUCAGCUAAGCAUUAUCGCCUCCAGCGAUGUUUUGGCUACAGUAUUAGAAGAAAUGCCAGCAUUCCCAGAAAGAGAAUCUUCUAUUCUCGCCGUUUUGAAAAGGAAAAAGCCAGGACGAGUUCCCGAGAAUGAGAUUAGAGAAAGUAAAAGUCCUGCACCAAAUGCUAAUCAUCACGCGGAAGCGCCCGCCAGUGCCACAGGAACUGUUAAUAAUACAUCGGCAGAUUUAUUAAGUCUUUCUACACCGCCGUCUUCUCAACCAACUAGCAAUACAGGAGUUUUACUUGAUGUACUAGGUGAUAUUUAUAAUAUGCCAAACAAAGUUGCUACUAAUGGUGCCCAAAACACGUAUAAUCCCAAAAAAUUCGUGUGCAAGAAUAACGGCGUAUUGUUUGAAAAUGACUUAAUUCAAAUCGGAGUAAAGUCAGAAUUCAGACAAAACUUGGGACGUGUCGGUCUUUUUUACGGAAACAAAACUCAGUACGCUCUUCACAGCUUUCAACCUCAACUAUCUUGGCCCGAGGAAAAUCAACAAAAAUUAGCUGUACAAGUAAAGCCCGUCGAUCCCGUGCUAGAAGCUGGUGCUCAAAUACAACAAAUGAUUAAUGCAGAGUGUAUCGACGACUACAGUGAUGCACCAAGCAUGAUCAUUUCCUUUAUUUAUAAUAAUGUGCCACAAAAGAUAACAAUGAAGUUACCAUUAACGAUCAACAAAUUCUUCGAGCCUACAGAAAUGAAUGGAGAAUCAUUCUUUGCACGGUGGAAAAAUCUUGGAGGAGCCAAUCAACAACGUUCACAGAAAAUUUUUAAAGCACAACAGCCGAUGGAUCUUGCGCAAGUGCGCACGAAACUGCAAGGAUUUGGAAUGCAAUUACUGGAUGGUAUCGAUCCGAAUCCUGAUAAUUUUGUCUGUGCAGGAAUAGUACAUAUGAGGGCACAACAAGUAGGAUGUCUCUUACGUUUAGAACCUAAUAAACAAGCGCAGAUGUUCCGUUUGACAGUACGUUCGAGUAAGGAAUCGAUGUCGGUAGAGAUCUGUGACCUGCUGGUGGACCAAUUUUAGAUGGCCUAGCAGGCGUGAAGCUAAUUUAAGAUAUGUUAAAACGCCGUGGGAAGACAUAUCGUGAUCACCGAAGGAUGUCGUCUCUCGACGUUCAAAAGAUAUUGAUGAUUAUUUGUUAAGACAUAUUUGUUGUACGCAAGCUUACACUCGCAACGCGGUCACGAGAACUGAACUCUUGUGUAGGCGAAACAUUGUUACCACGUAUAAUCCUACGAACAAAGCAUAGGAUUGCUAAAAAUACGAUAAAGGCGAAUUGUGUACAUGAAAAAGAAACAAAAAAAAAAAGAAAAAAAGAAAAAAAGAAAGCAAAAAAGCUGUGCGACAUACGAUGACUAUAAUGGACAAUAUUGGUCCAUGAAUGAAGGUAACAAGUACAGAUAUUACCUUUAUUUCUUUUUUCUUUCUUCUUUUUCUUUUUUUUUUUCAAUUUAAUAUGUGGCUUUAAUAAGAAGUUAUAAUUUGUAACUUAUCCAAUAAUGUGUAGAUGCAUGCCACGGGUAUCCGCAAAAAAAGAAACGGCCAAGAAUCACACUGCAAAGCGUUCAGGUUACUAGCAUAUAUUUUUUAUAAAUGAUGUUUAUAGUUAUCCCUUUCGAUGAUGAGUAUUUUUAAUGAGUUUACUGUAUCACGCAAAUGUGUCGGCUACAGCGAUUCUAUAUUUAUUAGCCCGUACUAUUGAAUUUGUAUGCUCGUGGCGCAUUCUCAUCUAUACCUUUAGCUUCCCUUUUUGUAUGUACGAUCUUUUUCGUGCCGAUUUUCGUUUCUUUUUUUGAGAUUAUUAUUGUUGCGCGAGCGAGAGUAGAUUUGGACACGAUGACAGUAGUUGUAUGAUAUUAGUUCUCUAUCGUAGACUUUUCCUUGUAUUUUACGGAGCUCAAAAUUUCUUUUGUAAUUAGUAGAUUCGAGAUGAUCGAUCCCAUCCCGAUUCCCUUACCUCUGCUCCGCUUGUUCUCUGGCCCUUCCUUGGUUUUCUGUACCUCAUACGUUGACGUAUAAAAUCCAUGGCUGGUUUUAUUUUUCGGCUGACAGAGAAGAGCAAUUAAAUUCAUUGAGAAGUAAACGAACAAGAAAAAGAAGAAGUGAAACAAUAAUCACUAGAAGAACUUUUCUAAUCAUUUUUAACGAAUCUUGUGUGAGAUGUAUAUUUCAGUAGUAUAUCUUGUACAGAUGAUAUUUACGAAUACGUUGGAGAUUAUUAUGUUUUGCGAGUGAUAAUGGAGAAAAAACAAACAAACAAAUAAAUAAAUAUGAAAAUAGAGCAGCUGUGACGUUUAAACCGUGUUAGCAUUGGCAUCAUAUGCUUCACGAUUACUCUGUCUGUUAUGGAAAUUGUAAAGCUCUAAUUAAAUUGUAUAUAAAAAAAUUCAUUAAUUAAAUGUGCCAAUGACAGGGAGUCAUUGCACGAGACACACAGAAUCUGUAGUUGCAGGCAUAACGAUCUUGUAAUAUCGUUCCUUCCUGCCAUCUCAUUUAUAUAUAUAUAUAUAUUUCUUUAUCAUGCGAACACGAGAUGUAUAUUUUUUUUAUGUUCGUAUAUAGCAUAAAUUUAUAUUCGAAAGCUUUCUCCUUGCUCCACCUGUGAUUCCCCUUUAUCGUUUCUGACUGUGUGUUACGUACGUACUAGCAUGAAUCGAAAACUCUAGCAUGACCUAUCAAAAGAUCUGUAUAUAGAACGCGUUUCUAAGGAUGCAGUGCUAUCAAUGUUUCAUCUCAACUUUAAUCGCUGUUAAGCAUGAGAAAGAGUAUAUCCUAAAAAUUUAUGGAAGUCGGAUAACAAUGUAUCAUAGAUCUAGUUAGCCGUAAAAAUGUAAGUUCAAAGAACGCUUGCAUCCUGAAGAACGUGUUCCUAAUAUAUGCAUACGUUUCACGUCGAAGUUACACAAGCGUUUGAUGAAUAUUUAUGAAUCAAAUGAAACGGGAAACGUUAGAUAGAAAAAAUAAAUUUUUUUAUUUAACGCCCAA